AUGCCGCCCCAGACCAUGAAAGCGAUCAAAAUCGUCUCGCGAGGCAAGGCUGAGAUUCAAGACGUGCCCGUUCCUCGGCUGCGCGAUGAUUAUGUUUUGGUCAAAGUCAAGUGUGUUGCGUUGAAUCCCACUGAUUGGAAGCAUCGCGAUAGCGAAGCGCUCUCUACCCCCGGCUGCACGCUCGGCUGCGACUAUGCUGGCGUGGUGGAAGAGGUGGGGUCCAAGGUGACGAAGGAGUGGAAGAAGGGAGCCGGCUUCUGCCACGGAGGGAACGCAGUCGAGCCGGAGGACGGCGUAUUCGGCGAAUACUGCGUAGCCAAAGGCGACGUCCAGCUCCGCAUCCCUGACAACACCAGCUUCGAAGAAGCGUGCACGCUCGGCGUCGGCGUCAUCACCUGCGGCCAAGCGCUGUAUCAAAGCCUCGAGCUGCCGCUGCCCGGAAGCGGGAAAUCGGCCGGCUAUCCCCUGUUGAUCUACGGCGCGAGUACGGCUACAGGCUCGCUGGCGCUGCAGUACGCGCUGCACUCCGGCUGCUCGCCCAUCAUUGCUGUCUGCUCGCCGAGGAACUUCCCAUUCGUCAAAGCGCUCGGCGCCACGGAGGCGUUUGAUUACAACGAUCCCAAGUGCGGCGAGAAGAUCCGCGCCUACACCAAUAACACCCUAACCAAAGCCCUCGACUGCAUCGCCGAAGGCGCCUCCCCCGCCAUCUGCUGCGCCGCCAUCUCGUCCCAGGGCGGCGAAAUCUCCUACCUCCUCAAGGUCAAGCACGACCGCGAGGACGUCGUGAACAAGUGGACUUUAGGCUAUACCGUCGUCGGCGAGGCGUUCAAAUUCGGGCCCGCGGAGAUGCCCGCCAAACCGGAGGAUUUCGAGUUUACAAAGGGGUUUGUGGAUGUGAGUACGCGUCUGCUUGCUUCGUCGCAGAUUUCUGUGCAUCCUGCGCAAGUUGGUAAGGGCGGGUUGCAGGGUGUUUUGGAGGGGUUGGAGCUGUUGAAGGCGGGCAAGGUGAGUGGAGUCAAGUUGGUGUAUAAGGUGGACGAGACGACUUGA